CAGAUUGUCAUUCAUUCAUUUCGUUUAUCAAAUGUCAAAGGUUUAGUUAGAUUAUGUUUUGUUUAAUUUAAAUUAUUAAUUGAAAUUAAAUAGUUCAGUUUAGUAAGGAAGUAGGGUACACUUGAAUGUUGUGUGAUAAAGUGUUUGGUUUAAAAUUAAUGAUUUAAUAAAAUAAUCGAGUAUGUCGUCAUUACCUAUUGUUUCUAUCACCAGACGAGAAACUUUCAGCUCUUGCCACCGUUUACACAGCCCAUUUUUAAGUGAUGAAGAUAACAAAAAGUUGUAUGGCAAAUGCAAUAAUCCAAAUGGGCAUGGACAUAAUUAUGUUGUGUUGGUAACAGUCAAAGGGCCAGUGGAUCCACAUACAGGAAUGGUGAUGAAUGUACAUGACUUGAAACAAUUUAUGCAGAAAGCUAUAAUGGAACCACUUGAUCAUAAAAAUCUCGACCAAGAUGUUCCUUAUUUUAAAGCUGUGGUUAGUACAACAGAAAACUUAGCAAUAUUCAUUUGGGAUCAAUUGCAAAAGAUAAUGGAUAAACCUCAGUUACUGCAUGAGGUGAAAAUUUUAGAAACAGAGAAGAAUCAUGUUGUAUAUCGCGGAGGGAACACUUAUUCAAGGAAGAAAUGCAAUACAUCAAAUCUGCAUACAAACCAUCAUAAUGUAUCUUCAGACUCGGACUGAUGAGGCAUUGGUAAUUUUUUUCAACACCUUCAAUGCCACGGACAUCUGCAAAACUUUACAUGAAAGUUGUUGUGGCAUUGAAUGUGUUUUAAUGAUCUGCAUUCCUUUUAUAUUCUUUUUUUUAUUUUUAUACUUUUAAUACGGAUGUUGAAUCGAAUAUUUUCGUAUAGGUAAGUGACUGAAAAUUUUGUUCCUUGUAUAAGUUUUAGAGUUUGUAAGAAAUAAAUACACUUGCCAAAUAAAAAUGUUUAUUAUGAAAU